AUGUCGAGUGAUAUAGCUGCGCAGAGCUUAAAACCCCAACAGCAGUCAUUGCCGAGCCAUCGAGCGACCGUGGCAGUGGCAGCAACGUUAUCUUUGACAGCCACGAGUUUACUCCUCAUCUACGUGGUCGUUUUGUUCAUUUUAUCCAGCUUGCGAAUCGACAAUGUUAAUGAUACCAAUAGCUAUCAUCAACCCUGCACGAGCAUCAGCAACAAAUCAAAUUACAAUCAGCCACCUCGGCCAAUCAAGAAAAGAAAUUCAAGUCAGAGAAGGAUUUGGUUACAAAGUUGGGCUAGGCAUCGACUUUCGUUCAUCAAAACCCCAUUUGGUAUCAUGUUUAUGAACCUUGUACUGGCUGAUUUUAUUCAAGCCUUAGGAUUUGGAAUGAAUUAUUUCUGGGUUGCCAAUGUCAACUGUCGCAGCCCAGGCUGCCAAACAACUUGUACGAUCCAAGGUGUAUUAAUACAACUAGGCGAUGUAGCUUCGGCUUUCUCAGUCAGUUCUGAAGGAUUUCUCUAA